GGGAAGUCAGUGUCCUCACCUUUUAGCAGCCCGCGCCUCGGUUCCUGCGGACGCUUCCCGUGCUCCCGGCUCUGCCUCUGUCCACUGCCGCCUUGCCACCCACCAUGGCCCUGCUGCACUCCAGCCGCGUCCUCUCCGGGGUGGCUGCCGCCUUUCACCCAGGCCUUGCGGCCGCAGCCUCUGCCAGAGCCAGCUCCUGGUGGGCCCAUGUAGAAAUGGGACCCCCAGAUCCCAUCCUGGGAGUUACUGAAGCCUUCAAGAGAGAUACCAACAGCAAAAAGAUGAACCUGGGAGUUGGUGCCUACCGAGAUGAUAAUGGGAAGCCUUACGUGCUCCCCAGUGUCCGGAAGGCAGAGGCCCAGAUUGCUGCAAAAAAUUUGGACAAAGAGUACCUGCCCAUCGGGGGGCUGGCAGAGUUCUGUAAGGCUUCUGCAGAACUGGCCCUGGGUGAGAACAGUGAAGUGCUGAAAAGUGGCCGGUUUGUCACUGUGCAGACCAUUUCCGGGACGGGAGCCUUAAGAAUCGGAGCCAGCUUCCUGCAAAGGUUUUUUAAGUUCAGCCGAGAUGUCUUUCUGCCCAAACCAUCCUGGGGAAACCACACGCCCAUCUUCAGGGAUGCCGGCAUGCAGCUACAAGGCUAUCGAUACUAUGACCCCAAGACUUGUGGAUUUGACUUCACAGGAGCCAUGGAAGACAUUUCAAAAAUCCCAGAGCAGAGCGUCGUCCUCCUGCAUGCCUGCGCACACAACCCCACAGGCGUGGACCCGCGUCCAGAGCAGUGGAAGGAGAUCGCGGCGGUGGUGAAGAAAAAGAAUCUGUUUGCAUUCUUUGAUAUGGCCUACCAAGGCUUUGCCAGUGGUGACGGUGAUAAGGAUGCCUGGGCUGUGCGCUACUUCAUCGAGCAGGGCAUUAAUGUUUGCGUCUGUCAGUCAUAUGCCAAGAACAUGGGCCUAUAUGGUGAGCGUGUGGGAGCCUUCACUGUGAUCUGCAAAGACGCAGAUGAAGCCAAAAGGGUGGAGUCGCAGCUGAAGAUCCUGAUCCGUCCCAUGUAUUCCAACCCACCUCUCAAUGGCGCCAGGAUCGCAGCGACCAUCCUGACCUCCCCAGACUUGAGAAAGCAAUGGUUGCAAGAAGUGAAAGGCAUGGCCGACCGCAUCAUUAGCAUGAGGACCCAGUUGGUCUCCAACCUGAAGAAAGAGGGCUCGGCUCACAACUGGCAGCACAUCACCGACCAGAUCGGCAUGUUUUGUUUCACUGGCCUGAAGCCUGAGCAGGUGGAGCGGCUGACCAAGGAGUUCUCAGUCUACAUGACGAAGGAUGGCCGCAUCUCCGUGGCAGGGGUCACCUCUGGCAACGUGGGCUACCUUGCCCAUGCCAUUCACCAGGUCACCAAGUAAUGACCAGGGUGCAGAGGAGCAGAGACCACCUUUCCCUUCAGCCUUUGCUCUCGUGAGAGUCACGUGCGGGAUGGGGGGGGGGUGGAUGGUGGUGAGUAGAUCAUGUUUUCAACCGCAGUGCAUAAGGAAUGUGUUCCUCGGAAAAGAGGUCGGGCAGAGGCCUCCACGGCUGGUGUCUGCAGCUUCGUCGGCUCCAAACCAAACUCCCUCGUCCUUUUGUCUCCAACUUUUCUGAAAGAGUUUACACAUGCAAGAACAUCGCAGCACCAAAAACCUGUCAGCCAUGGCUUUACUGAAGCAUCAGAUGGUGCCAGGGGCUCCCCCGGGGACCCGCCUGAGACCGCCAUAUUAGAGGUUGUGAGAGGAAAACACCUAGUUCUGAUGUUAGCAGAUGUCCGUGUGUGUGUGUGUGUGUGUGUGUGUUGUCCCAGUGUGUGUGUGUGUGUGUGUGUGUGUGUGUGUGUGUGUGUGUGUGUGUGUGUGUGUGUGUGUGUGCUGUCCCAGUGUGGAGUGACUGUGUCAGCAGAUCCCAAUACAGAAACCAUGCUUUACCAAAACCACCAAGUCUGUCGCCCGUUCAGCGAGGACAGUAAAUGUUGUCUCGUCAGCCUGUCUCUUGUCAUUGCGCUUCUCUGGCGUCUCGUCCCGUUCUGCUUGACUGACCAUUAACUUCAUCCUGUCAGGAUUUCUGUAAGAAUGGCUCAUGCCAGCCCCCCUUUCUCAGCAAAGGACAGUGGGGAGUGGGAACCUGUACUUUUUCAGUCCCUGUCAGUGAUUGGCUCCUACUGGAUGGGGCCUCUGCCCAGCUGGACCUCUUCCUGCAUCCUGGCUACACAGCCUGUCUCCUCACAUGAGUCAGACAGUGCAGGGUAGGAUCAGGAGAUAUUCUGGGGUUUGUGUGCUGCCAGCCCGCCUCAGACUCCACCCUUUGGAAAGCUGACCACCAUCUGCUCGAAUCCUGUAGACUGGCUGCCGCCUGGUUUCUCUGUUACAAUAAAGUUGCUGUAGACCCA